AUGCCCAGCCCCGUCUGGUCAGACAAAAGCGCAGCAAUCUACCCAUCAACCCUGAAUCUACCAAGCGCACAACAAGACUCAAAACAGCCCCGGAAUGUAAACUACAGAAUGCCCCACGGCUUCGACAAGCUCCUCCACCACGAACCAGACGCUGAAUCACCCCCAACACCUCCCAGACGCCCAUCCACCCAAUCCCGCUACCAUCUCCACGUCCGCCAACAACCCAUAGCAGCACAGGCCUGCGGCGCAGGCGACCGAGACCGCCGCCCAGUGGAUCCACCCCCAAUCGUGCAGAUCCUCCUAAACGACUUCGACUCCAACUCCCAAGAAGACCGCGACAUCCUCCAAGACCCACGCUUCACAGUGGGCUGCCUCCUCUUCCCCGUCUCGCCCCAAUCACCAUGGUCCGAACCGACAGAAUCAUCAGAUACCCGAGAUCUAGAUCAAGACCGAGACCGAGACCGAGAUAAAGACAAUGACAGAGAAACAGACCGCGACGAUGGCGUCGCAAGAACAGACGACCCUUUCUCAACCCCCCUCCUCUCAGGAAAAGCCUUCAUGUCCCCCUUCUAUGUCGACGCAGACCCAGAUCCGAACUCCGCUCCUCCGCACCCAUGCUCGAUAAAUGAUCCCCGUCUCUCCAGCCCGUCAAGUGCUUACAAUCACCCCUCCGCGCGCCUCCACCAGCCUGCUACAUUCUUCAUCUUUGCUGAUCUCUCCAUCCGCUCAGCGGGCCUGUAUCGGCUUCAGUUCCGCCUUAUGAAUUGGGGUUCUGUGGAGGAUACGGGGCAGUCGAUGCCGAUCCUGGCGGAGGCUUGGUCGGAUCCGUUUCGGGUUUAUCCCGCGAAGGACUUUCCAGGCAUGCGGGAUUCAAGUAUUCUUGCUGAAGGGUUGAAGGAGCUUGGUUUUGUGGAGUUGAAGACCAGGGGGCAUGGGAAGGGGAAGGGAAAAAAAGGCGGUGAUCAUUUUUGGGUCUUUGGUCUGGUCUGGUCUAUCUUUCUUUUCUUCUUCUGGUUACUGCAUUGGAGUCUGUUGCCCUUGGUAGGGCCUGCUAUGAUGAACAUUGGAGGGGGAUGGCGGGUUGGCGUUUGA